CUACAAAGGCUGAAUUCAAGUAUUGUACAAGAAUCUUCCGUUCAAAGACAGAAUAAGAAAGAUAUAAUUUAGUACAUUUAAGACCUACCUAUUUAUAACAUCGUAGAUUUGUUCACUUUUGCAGCAAUCACAGUUCACAGUGUCAAAACAAUGGCAAAAGUGGGAAGAAUGAAGUUAGGAUCACAAGGUUUGGAAGUUUCCUUACAAGGACUUGGUUGCAUGGGCAUGUCUGCUUUUUAUGGUCCUCCUAAACCUGAAUCUGACAUGUUUGCUCUCAUCAACCAUGCCAUAGAAUCUGGUAUCACUUUUCUUGAUACUUCUGAUAUCUAUGGUCCUCACACCAAUGAACUCCUUCUUGGAAAGGCUUUGAAGGGGGUGAGAGAGAAGGUUGAAUUGGCUACUAAAUUUGGAAUAAGAGCUUCUGAAGGGAAAUUUGAGAUCUGUGGUGAUCCAGCUUAUGUCAGAGAAGCUUGUGAGGCUAGCUUGAAGAGACUUGAUAUUGAUUGUAUUGAUCUCUAUUAUCAGCAUCGGAUUGAUACUCGUCUUCCGAUUGAAGUCACGAUUGGGGAGCUUAAGAAACUUGUUGAAGAGGGAAAAAUAAAAUACAUUGGUUUGUCGGAGGCCUCAGCUUCAACAAUCAGAAGAGCACAUGCAGUUCAUCCGAUAACAGCUGUGCAGCUAGAGUGGUCACUAUGGUCAAGAGAUGUUGAGGAAGAAAUAAUUCCAACUUGCAGGGAACUUGGUAUUGGAAUUGUUGCGUAUAGUCCUCUUGGGCGAGGAUUCUUUUCGUCAGGAACAAAGUUACUUGAUAACUUGCAACAGGAUGACUACAGGAAGCAUUUGCCUCGAUUUCAACCUGAAAAUUUGCAGCAGAAUCAGACUAUAUUUGAUAAGGUUAAUGAACUGGCUGCAAAGAAAGGAUGUACUCCAUCUCAGCUUGCACUAGCUUGGCUUCAUCACCAAGGAAAUGACGUGUGUCCAAUACCUGGAACCACCAAAAUUGAGAACUUGAAUCAAAACAUUGGAGCUUUAUCAGUGAAACUAACAUCAGAAGAGAUAGCAGAAAUUGAGUCCUUAGCAGAUUCUGUUAAGGGUGGUAGAUAUGGGAAUGAAAUAAGUACAUGGAAGAAUUCUGAUACUCCACCACUCUCUUCUUGGAAUGCUGGGAAAAUAAAAUACAUCGGUUUGUCUGAGGCCUCGCCUUCAACAAUCAGAAGAGCACAUGCAGUUCAUCCAAUAACAGCUGUGCAGUUGGAGUGGUCACUAUGGUCAAGAGAUGUCGAGGAAGAAGUAAUUCCAACUUGCAGGGAACUUGGUAUUGGAAUUGUUGCAUAUUGCCCUCUUGGGCGAGGAUUCUUUUCAUCUGGAACAAAGUUGUUUGAGAAUUUGCAACGAGAUGAUUUCCUGAAGUACUUGCCUAGAUUUCAACCUGAAAACCUACAACACAAUCAGACUAUAUUUGAGAAAGUUAAUGAACUAGCUGCAAAGAAAGGAUGCACUUCAUCUGAACUUGCAUUGGCCUGGCUUCAUCACCAAGGAAACGACGUGUGUCCGAUACCUGGAACCACCAAAAUUGAGAACUUGAAUCAAAACAUUGGGGCUUUGUCUAUUAAAUUAACACAAGAAGAAAUGGCAGAAAUUGAGUCCUUAGCAGAUAUUGUUAAAGGUGUUAGAUAUGGGGAGGGUAUAAGAACAUGGAAGGGUUCUGAUACUCCACUACUCUCUUCUUGGAAAGGUGUAUAAUGAAGUGCUUUUCUUUGCUUCAUGCUCCUGCUGUUUCCUUAA